AUGGCGCGGCAACAGGAUGGAUGGGCUAUACCGACGAGUGUUUCGCACAAAAAUGGGCUAGCCACGCUGGAGCACGAUGCUGUCGACGGUAAGUUACCGGAGGGCCGCUUUCCGAGGCCUUCGAGGAGUUCGUUAUUGAGCCCGGUCCAUUUUUUACAGGUGUUUUGUGUCCUUCUCGGACUGGCCACUGCCGCGAGGGUCCACGGUGCAGCUCAGAAGGAAGGUGUCGACCACCAGAAGCGCGCCAUCGGUCACGGAUACGGACUGGGACUAGGUUUAGGUGCGUCCGCCCUAGGGGCUUCCUUGGGACCAUCGUAUGCCGCUCCGGUUGGGCCUUAUAUCGGGGGAUCGCUCGAGGGGGGACUCAUCGGAGGUGGAGUGAUCGGUGGAGCUGGCAUUGGUCCGAUCGUGGGAGGAGGUCCAAUUCUAGGAGGAGGUCCAAUCCUGGGAGGAGGUCCCAUUGGAGUACCGGCUGGCCCGUUCCUGGGAGCCAGUAUCGGUCCCGCUUCCUUCCCGGCUCUUCCAGCCUUACCGGCACCGGGACCUGUGUUGGCCGCUGCCGCUCCUCCAACUAUUGCCGUCGCCCCGACGGUAACGAGAAACAUUCUGACCACCGUCCAACAGCCUGUUCCCGUGCCGUACCCCCAACCAGUUCCGGUCGAUCGUCCCGUGCCCGUGCCGGUCCAUGUGCACGUACCCGUUGACCGUCCCGUGCCCGUCCCGCACCCUGUCGCUGUGCCCGUGCACGUACCCCGCCCGGUCCCGGUACCUGUCCCGCAGCCCUAUCCAGUGACCGUCACGAGAACCGUUGCCGUUCCGGUACCCCAGCCGUACCCGGUGCCGCAUGCCGUUCCCGUACCGCAGCCGGUGGCCGUGCCACAGCCCAUCCCGGUGCCUCAGCCCGUGGCCGUACCGCACCCGGUAGCCGUGCCGCAUCCGGUCGUCGUGCCGGCUGCCUUGCCCACCCUACCAGCGCUGCCCUCCUACGGUUACGGCGGGUUCCUGCCUUCGUACGGUAAAGUUUACGGCGGAGGCAUCACGCUCCAGAAAGUCUACACUGGCCACGGCCACGGUCUCGGUUUGCUCGGAUUGAAAAAGUAUCUCGGUUGA